AUGCGCCAAAGCAAAUUAACCGAUUUCUUUGUAACAAAGAAAGUCUCUCAUGGUCCUCCAUAUUCUAUCAUCAAGCAUCUUGGGUUGGAUGUCACGCAGUUCGCCGGGCUCGCGGAUUUACCAAACGAGCUACUCCUCUCUAUCGUUUCUGAUCAUCUGAGUUGGGGUGAAGAUUCCCCAAGAGCGACUAGACAACUUUCCGCCGUCUCGAGGCGUCUUCACGCCUUCUUUGGCCCAAUAGCCUCUCAGAAUCUGAUCGCUAUUGGCUCCAAAAGGACUCAUGAAAUUAAUCGCUCUCUGGAGAACAAUGAGAUGGAUGGUUCAGACUUUCGACAUCUCAGAAUACGUGUGCGCUUGGUCAAUCAGGUCACCUUUUCCAUUGGGAAAAACGAAGUAGCUCCGAUGAUAAAGGGGCUUGGAGGUUUGACUUCUGUCUCCCUGACGAAUGUGUUUGUUUGUCGAGCGGUGAUCAGAGCAUUGAGCCUCUUGCCACAUCUAGUACGGCUUGAAUACGACGUAAACUAUUCCGAAACGGAAGAAGGGGAUUACGAAGCCAGAAUCAAGGCACCUCGUCACCUCCAAUGGCUCUCGGUACAAUUCAGGGCCUUUUCUCCCUACGAACACCCAUUCUUCAUCCUUUACUCCAUUAUCAAGGCCUCAUCCAAGCAAAUCGCACAUAUAUUCGUUGAUUUCAACAUCUUCGAUGUUUUGGGGAUGGACAAAAUACUGGCUUUGGAAAUUCCUCGACUCGUCACCUGCCACUUUUACAAUGCAUACUUUGACCUGCCGCCUUCCAGACAUGUUGAGUGUCUCGACUCUUCAAAUGUGCAAGAAUUUAGCAUAUUGCACUUUGUAGGAGCUGAAGGUACUGAUCGCGAGUCUCGGUGCAUCCCAGGAUUUGACCUCACUUUACUGUCUAACCUUGGUCUUGCGGGGACAGCUAAAGAGCUCGUUAUGACAGAGUCCUCCUUGAAAGACCCAGACUGGGAGGUGCUUUUCGUCUUCUUCCGACUCCAUCCACAACUCCGGGUUGUCAACGCCUGGGGUUUACUUAUUGAAGAGUUACACGAAGUUGGCUCUCAGAUAAGAAAUCUAGUCAGACACUGCAAGUCACAUAUGCAGUCAGUAGAGGCAAUACGCUUUAGCUGCGAAAUUCCAGAGCCAGAUCCGUCGGCUUUCACCCCAAUACUCUGCACAGACGGCGAAGAUGUAGGAAUGUCCCCCUGCCCUUGCGACGGAUGCACCAAUUUCCCGGACAUGGAUUACGACCAGAGGCGCGACGCGUUGGAGGGGCUCAUUGGAGAAGAGCUCGAAUCGCAUAUCAGUAGACUCCUUACCUCGUUCCCGCGAUUAAAGCUUAUUGAGUGGUGGUUUCAUGACCCCAAACUCCGUCGAAGCUAUCCACCAACCAUCUUUUGGGAGUGGAAGAUUACAAGUACAUACGACGAGCGUACUUUCGAGCGACGGUUGCAAAACUGGCACUCAAAGACCUCGUUGCUGCCUUAA